GGGAGAAGGACGCGUCUCCUCUGCGGACAAAGAGCUUUUAUUUUGUAGUUUUAGGACCUAGCUGGUGUGAGACAAAGCAGGGGACACGUUCAUCUGUGGAUUACGAUGCUGAGACGACUCGAGGACUUUUAAGUUCUUUAAGAUUUCACUGGAGAAAACAGAUUUCAAGCAGUUUAUCAUUUUUUUAAAAGCACCAAUAUUCUCCUUUGUUGGUCUGCUGAAGGCGUUUUGCCCCCUGGUGGUCUGUGGUUGUACAGUUUUUGGUCGUCUCUGGUUAUUAGCUCCCCCCGGUCAUGUAACCUACCCCCCCGCUCGCCCUGGACCUCUCCUGGUGAACCCAGUCGCCUGGACCGGUUAUUUCAGCCCUGCAGGUUUCAGUCUGUGGACUCACCCGAGGGUUCGGCCAUGCUGCGUUGUGUCCUGCAGCGAGCCAACAACCUGAGGCACUCGGACCCGCUGGCCGGUGUCAGCUUCAGAGGGUCCAAGAAGAAGACGAAGGUCAUCAAGAACAACUCGAAUCCCGUCUGGAACGAGGGCUUCGAGUGGGACCUGAAGGGGAUUCCUCUGGACUCUGGAUCCGAGCUGCACUGUGUCGUCAAAGACCAUGAGAAGAUGGGGAGGAACAGGUUCCUGGGAGAAUGUCGACUCGCUCUCAGAGACGUGAUGAACUCUCCCAGCCUCGCCGCCUCUUUCACCAUCUCCCUGCUGGACACCAAGAGAAACAACACGGGGGCCACGCUGACCCUCCAGGUUUCCUACGUCCCUCCUCCAGGAUCGCUCCCCCUCUUCCAGCCUCCUCCCCAGCCUGAGGCCUAUUCCCACAACAACCCCAGCGUGGAGCUGGACACUGUCACAAUGAUUUCUCUGGACACGCUGGGUGAGGAGGACACGGAGAGUUUGAUGAUGCUGGAGCCUCCAGAGGACCAGGGGCAGGACGACAGGCGGUCCAUGAUCAUCGUGGGCCCUCAGGGGCUCCCGGGAAAAGAGUCCCCCCCCAACCACACCCCCAAGCGGUCGCCUCCGUCCUACAACGCCCAGGGGGGGCUGAGGAAGAGGAGGAAGGGACCCAGCCCUCAGCAGAAGCCUCUGGCCAACAAGCCCCAGGACCUGCAGGUGCGCGUGCGGGUCAUCGAGGGGCGACAGCUGCCGGGCAUCAACAUCAAACCUGUGGUGAAGGUGACGGUCUCCGGGCAGACGAAGAGGACUCGCAUCAGAAGUGGAAACAACCCCGUGUUUGAUGAGACGUUCUUCCUGAACUUCUUUGAGACUCCAUCAGACCUGUUUGACGAACCCAUCUUCAUCACCGUGUGCGACUCUCGCUCUCUCCGGACUGACGCUGUGAUCGGUGAAUUCAAGUUGGAUGUCGGCACCGUCUACAAUGAGCACAGACACUGCUUCCUGAGGAAGUGGCUGCUGCUGUGCGACCCUGACGACCUCUCCGCGGGGGUCAAAGGUUACCUGAAGGUCAGCCUGCUCGUCCUGGCCGCCGGAGACGAGCCCCCGGCUGAUAAACGUGAGUGUGUGGAGGACAAAGAGGACAUCGAGGGAAACCUGCUGCGGCCGGCGGGUCUGUCCCUGAGAGGAGCCGCCUUCACCCUGAGGAUCUUCAGGGCCGAGGAUCUGCCGCAGAUGGACGACGCCUUCAUGGACGGGAUGAAGCACAUCCUCGGGUUCGACAGCAACAGGAAGAACCUGGUGGACCCUCUGGUGGAGAUCAGCUUCGCCGGCAAAACCAUCUGCACGAAGAUUCUGGAGAAGAACGCCAACCCUCAGUGGAACCAGAGUCUGGCCAUGCCCAUCAGGUUUCCCUCCAUGUGCGAGAAGAUGAGGAUCAGGAUUCUGGACUGGGACAGAGCCAGUCACAACGAUGUCAUCGGCACCACCCACCUCUGCAUGUCUAAGAUCUCCGCCCCCGGAGGAGAGAUAGAUGAUGACUUGACUCCACGGACCGUCCAGCCUGGCAUCGACGACAGUCUGGGUUUCCUGCCCACGUUCGGCCCGUGUUUCGUGAACCUGUACGGCAGCGCCCGCGAGUUCAGCGCCUUCAACGACCCGCACGAGAGCCUGAACCUCGGAAAAGGGGAGGGUGUAGCGUACCGAGGACGAGUUCUAGUUGAACUCACCACGAAGCUGGCGGACAAACCGGAGCAGAGAACUGAAGACAUCCCAUCAGACGACCUGCUGGUGGUGGAGAAGUUUCUCCGGAAGAGGAAGUUCUCUCUCUUCGUGGCGUUCUACUCGGCGACGCUCCUCCAGGACGUGGACGACGCCGUCCAGUUCGAGGUCAGCAUCGGAAACUACGGGAACAAGUUCGACUACACCUGCCUCCCCCUGGCCUCCACCACCCAGUUCAGCAGGGCCGUGUUCGAUGGUUGUCACUACUACUACCUCCCGUGGGGAAACGUGAAGCCGGUGGUGGUGGUGUCUUCAGAGUGGGAGGACAUCAAACCGAGGAUCGAGGCUCUCAACAUGUUGCUGAGCAUCAUCGACAGACUGGAGGCCAGCCUGCAGCAGGUGCAGCUGGGGGUGAAGACAGGAAGUGACCUGGAGGAUCUGGAGCAGCGAGUGGUGGAGCUGCUGGAUCAGGUGAUCACCGACUGCAGUGAGGAGCUGCCCUCUCUCGCCCACUGGCAGUGCACGACUCCACUGGACCGCUCUCUGAGACACAUCCGCUCGCUGCACCUUCAGAACAUCGUCUCGGCCGCGCUCGCCCUCAAACACGGGCCGGCCACCGACCUGUCCACGGUGCUGGAGCAGGCGGAGGACUGGGCCAGCCGGCUGAGGACCAUGGCCGAGGAGCCUCAGAACAGCCUCCCGGACAUCGUGAUCUGGAUGCUGCAGGGCGACCGCAGGGUGGCCUACCACCGACUCCCGGCUCACACCGUCAUCUUCUCCCAGGAGCACUGUGGCAAACACUGUGGACAGCUGCAGACUGUCUUCCUCAAGUACCCGCAGGGCAGCGGUGCAGAGGCCAAACUUCCCGGUCAGCUGAGGGUCAAGCUCUGGUUCGGUUUGGCUGCAGACGUCAAACAUUUCAACCAGUUCGCCGAAGGGAAACUGUCGGUGUUCGCCGAAACGUAUGAGAACCAGACUCGGCUCGCCCUGGUGGGCAGCUGGGGAACUACAGGCCUGACCUACCCCAAGUUCAGUGACGUCACAGGACGAGUGAAGCUGCCGAAGGAGAGUUUCAAACCGUCGCCCGGCUGGGCCUGGGCCGGGGACUGGUACAUCAGCCCCGAGAAGACUCUGCUGUUUGAGGCGGACGCCGGUCACAUGACCUUCUCAGAGGAAGUGUUUGAAAACCAGAUGAGGUUACCAGGCGGGCAGUGGAUCGGCAUGCCGGAGGGAUACACCGACGUGAACGGAGAGAAGGCGGUGCCGAAGGAUGACGUGGAGUGUCCUCCGGGUUGGGCGUGGGAGGAGGUGGAGUGGAGUGAGGAUCUCAACAGAGCCGUAGACGAUCAAGGCUGGGAGUACGGUAUCCCCAUCCCUCCAGACCGCCGCCCCAAGUCGUGGGUGCCGGCGGAGAAGAUGUACCACACCAACCGACGCAGGCGCUGGGUUCGGAUGAGACGGAGAGACCAACAGAAGAUGGACGCUCUCAGAAAGCAGCGUCCGGACGAGUUGGACCGCGAGCUGUGGGAGUACGCGUCUCUGUUCGGGUGGAGGUUCCACCUGAAGCCCAGGAAGACGGACAGCUUCAGGCGCCGCAGGUGGAGGUGUCGCAUGGAGCCUCUGGAGAAGACGGGCCCGGCAGCCAUCUUUGCUCUGGAGUGUUCCCUGAGCAGCAUAGAGGACAAGAGUGAAGACAAGUCCAUCACGACCACGUUCGGAGUCAACAGACCCACCAUCUCCUGUUUCUUUGACAGUGGCAGCCGCUAUCACCUGCGUUGUUACCUGUACCAGGCCAGAGACCUGCUGGCCAUGGACAAGGACAGUUUCUCAGACGCGUACGCCAUCGUGUCCUACCUGCACCAGUCCCAGAGGACGGUGACCGUGAGGAACACCUUGAAUCCCGUCUGGGACCAGACGCUCAUCUUCUACGAGCUGGAGAUCUUUGGUGACCCCGACGCCAUGAUGGCCAACCCCCCCGAUGUUGUGGUGGAGCUUUACGAUCAGGAUACAUACGGUGCGGAUGAGUUCAUGGGCCGCUGCCUGUGCCAGCCCAGCGUGACUCCCUCCCCACGUCUCACCUGGUUCCCAGUUCACCAUGGGGGCAAGAGCGCCGGCGAGCUGCUGGCCGCCUUCGAGCUCAUACGCAGGGAAAAGCCAUCGGUUCAUCAUAUUCCAGGUCAAGAGGGUGGAGACAUCACAACGUCCACGCAUGUUCUAGACGAGUUGAUGUUCUCAGGAUUCCUCACUGAAAACCUGCAGCAAUGGCCGGAGGAGUCGGACCUUCCCUACCUGCCUCCACUGAGAGAGCCCAACGUCUUCAUGGUUCCUCAGGGGAUCAAACCUGUUCUGCAGAGAACCGCCAUUGAGAUCUUAGCGUGGGGCGUUCGGAACCUGAAGAGCUUCCAGUUGGCCAGCGUUACCUCCCCGAGCCUGCAGGUGGAGUGCGGAGGCACCAUGGUCCAGAGCUGCGUCAUCCGCAGUGUGAAGAAGAAGCCCAACUUUGACGUCAACAGGCUCAUCCUUGAUGUGAGACUUCCAUGCGAGGAGCUCUACAUGCCGCCCAUCAUCAUCAAGGUCAUCGACAACCGUCAGUUCGGCAGGAAGCCGGUGGUCGGCCAGUGCACCAUCUGGUCGCUGGAGGAGUUCCGGUGCGACCCGGAGGAGGAACGAGCAGCGGUGGAGGAGGAGGAGGGCGAGCAGGACGGGUGGAGACGUGAGACGCCUCAUUCCAUCUCUGGGGAGGUUUUUGUUGACAUCGAUGAUGAGGAGCCACUGGUGCCGGACCAGGGGGAGGAGUUCAUGGACUGGUGGAGCAAGUUCUACGCCUCGACCGGAGAGAAGAACAAGUGCGGGACGUAUCUGGAGAAAGGCUUCGACACGCUGAAGGUGUUUGAGCGGGAGCUGGAGAAGGUCGAGGAGUUCGGGGGGUUGUCUGAUUUCUGUCAGACGUUCAAGUUGUUCAGAGGAAAGACUCAGGACGAAGGAGAAGAUCCGUCGGUGGUCGGGGAGUUCAAGGGCAUGUUUAAGAUCUACCCUCUGCCAGACGACCCCUCGGCCUCCGCUCCACCCAGACAGUUCAGGAAACUCCCUCCUAACGGCCUCGAGGAGUGUUUGGUCCGGGUCUACGUCAUCGAGGCCCAGGGGCUGCAGCCCAAAGACACCAACGGGAAGUGUGACCCGUAUGUGAAGAUAACUCUGGGGAAACAGACCGUCAACGACCAUGAGAACUACAUCCCCUGCACCCUGGACCCGGUGUUUGGAAAGAUGUUUGAGCUCCCGUGCUCCCUCCCCGUGGACAAGGACCUGCGGGUGAUGAUCUACGACCACGACAUGCUGACCAAGGACGAGAAGAUCGGGGAGACGGUGAUCGACCUGGAGAACCGCUUCCUGUCCCGGCACGGAGCGCUGUGCGGCCUGCCGCGCUCCUACUGCCUGUCGGGGGUGAACCAGUGGAGAGAUCAGCUGACCCCCCGACAGCUGCUGGGUCGAGCGUGUGAGAGACGGAACCUCCGCAGACCGGUUUACCAGGACGACUGUGUCCUCUUCAGAGGAGCCAGAUACACAGCCGCAGACCUCGACGACAACAAUGUGUGUAAGCGUCACCUCGGUCCACUGAAGGAGCGUCUGUCGCUCCACAUCCUGAGGAAACUGGGGCUGGUCCCUGAACAUGUGGAGACCCGGCCUCUGUACAGCCCGCUGCAGCCCGACAUAGAGCAGGGCCGCCUGAUGAUGUGGGUGGACCUGUUCCCCAAGUCCCUGGGCCCCCCCGGACCCCCGUUCAACAUCACGCCACGCAAGGCUAAGAAGUUCUUCCUGCGCUGCGUCAUCUGGAACACCAGUGACGUCAUCCUGGAUGAUGUCAGCAUCAGCGGCGAGAGGAUGAGCGACAUCUACGUGAAAGGGUGGCUGGACGGUCACGAACACAUGAAGCAGAAGACAGACGUCCACUACCGCUCCCUGGGCGGAGAGGGGAACUUCAACUACAGGUUCCUGUUUCCCUUCCACUACCUCCCAGCCGAGCAGCUGUGUGUGGUGGACAGGAAGGAACAUUUCUGGAGCGUCGAUAAAGCCGAAACCAAACUGGCUCCGAAACUCACCGUCCAGAUCUGGGACAACGACAAGUUCUCCUUCGACGACUACCUCGGUCACCUGGUGUUCGAUCUGAACCACAUGCUGCGUCCGGCCAAGUCUCCGGAGAAGUGCGACCUGCAGCUGCUGCAGCAGUCGGGGGGGCGGCUGGUGUCGCUGUUCGAGCAGAAGACCGUGAGAGGCUGGUGGCCGUGCACCUGCGAGAAGAACGGGGAGAAGAUCAUCGCUGGGAAGGUGGAGAUGUCUCUGGAGAUCGUGACGGAGCAGGAGCAGGAGGAGAGACCGGCCGGCCACGGCAGAGACGAACCCAACAUGAACCCACACCUGGAGGAGCCUCAGCGUCCUGACACCUCCUUCCUGUGGUUCUCCUCCCCGUUUAAGACGCUCAAGUUCAUCCUGUGGAGACGCUUCAAGUGGUUCAUCCUGCUCUUCAUCAUCCUCUUCCUCAUCUUCCUCUUCUUGGCCGUCUUCCUCUACGCCUUCCCGAACUACGCUGCGAUGAAGAUGGUGGGACCGUUCGGACCGAGCAAAGCUGCUGAGUGAGGACAGAGAGACGAGCGACCUUCUGGAAGUUUCAUGUUCUCCUCCGUUCUUCUGUUCCUUCUUCCCAAAGUUGAGAAAUGAAAACUGCAGCGAUGAACUGAUGAACUCGCUCUGACCUGAUUAGAAACACUGCGAUUCCCCAAUCUGACGAGUGUGUGUGUGUGUGUGUGUGUGUGUGUGUUUGUGUGUGUGUGUUUGUGUGUUUGUGUGUGUGUGUUUGUGGGUUUCACUGUCUCUGCGUCGCUGCACUUCCAUCAGAUCUCAGCAUGUGUCGCCGGCGCCCUCAGCUCUCGUCCUCGUCCUCCCUCCGCCGCCGCUUUCAUCUCUCGCUCCGUCUCAUCUGCGCUCAUGCAGAGAAAAAGGGGAAUAAAAAGCCUCCUCCCAAAAAAAAGAGGAAACAGAAUCAAAGAUUGAGAUGUUGACGCUUGAUCUUCUCACCCCCCCGCUGUGUCCCGGGCGAGAGGCGAGGUCAGAGCAGGCGGCGACUCCUCAUCUUCAGAGUCUGGAACUUUAUCGCUCUAAACUCAAUUUGAAGAAAAAUAAUAUUUCACCAAUUCCUCUCUGAAUCGUCUCUGUCCACAUCCUCCUCCUCCAUCUCCCUCCUCUCCUUCAUCCUCCUUUUCUGCUCCUCUUCUUCUUCUCUCUCCUCCUCCUCCAUCUCAUCUCCUUCUUUUUUCUCUCUUCUUCCUCCUCCACCUUAUUUCCUCCUCCCACUCCAUUUUUGCAUCCUUCUAUUUCCGUCUCCUCCUCUUAUUCAUCCUCCUCAGCUUUCUUCAUCAGCCCAUUCUCUUCAUCCUCCCUCUCACAUCUUCCUCCUCCUCUUCUCUCCUUCUCUUAAGUUAUCUUGUUAUUCCUGCUCUUCCCCAUCCAUCCUCUCUUCUCCUCCACCAUCUCAUUCUGUUCCCCUUCUUCUUUCUCUUUUACUUCUACCUCCUCUUCUCUGGCCUCUGUCUCCUCCGUCAUUUUCUUCUCUUGCUCCUCUUUUUCUUCUUCUCUUCUACUUCUUAGUCCUCCUGCUUCAUGUAGGUUUGCUCCUGCUCUUCUCUGUCCACCCUCUCCACCUCCUCUUCUCCAUCCUCCCUCUUCCUCCUCCUCUUCUAGUCUUUCUUCACUCUCAAGGCUCAGCAGGUUAAGUUGUGGAUUUGUUCUUAAUGAUCUCGGGGUUUGAGUCAGACACACACACACACACACACACACACACACACACACAGAACAGGGAAUACUAAUCCAUUUGUAAUCUAAGUGAUUUCCUGAUGUCCAAGUUCAUUUGUGUGUUUGUGUGUGUGUGUGUUUGUGUGUGUGUGUGUCUGUGUGUCUGUGUGUGUGUCUUCUGAUUCCUUGAUCACCCACACUGACUUAGCAAGCAAAGCGAAACAUGGACAGAAACCCUGAAAAGAGCUGUAAUUAAAAAGACAUGAAGACGAGGAUGGAAAGAAAUAUUCUUCUCAGUCGUUUCCAUUAAGAAUUAUUAUCUUUUUUUUUUCUAACUUCAUCGACUGUGGUCCUGACCAGAGUGGAAAAUCUGACUCUGUCCCAUUUGGUCCAUUUUUUCGGUUUGUGUCGGCCAAUUACGAGCCAGCCAGGCCCCGUAAACAAGAAGUCACAUGACCCCCCCCCCCCCCCCACGCAGCUCGUUAACCGGCCUCCAGCCGCUCGGCUAAUUUCACCUCCCUGGAAUUCUACGAUCCAUUUGCGACACAUUAAAAAACACAAAUCUGAAUCCGAGCAGUCGUUUAGUUCAAUGAAGUGCUUUUGUUUUAAGGGAUGUAGAGGACUGAGACACAGUGAUAACUUUCAUCAUAUAGCUCGUGCUAAUCGUUAUUGUUGUGCUCCGAUAAAUUCUGUAAAUAUAUCAAAAGAAAAUAUGAGCAAAUCAUGAAAAGAAAGAAAAUUGUCCGAAAGCAACAGACACCUCACGUCAAGAAGAGGAGAAGAAUCCAUUUGUUUUGAAUUAACUCAGGAUUUUUACUUUAUUUGUCUCAUAGCUUUGUUCACGUGAGAGCUGUAAACAGACAAUCGUGUCAGUGGCAGUGAUAAUUGCUGUUAUAUUAUAUAUAUUUAUAUAUUCUUUGCCACAGAGCCUCAAGAUGCCUUCACGCUGCACUGCCUGUGCACAUCGUAUUUCUUGUUCUCGUAAAUGCGACGUACCUUUAGCUCCUAGCCUUUAGCUCUUAGCCUUUAGCUCUUAGCCUUUAGCUCUUAGCCUUUAGCUCGCCGUCUGGACGUACAGUGACGCUAACUCAUACAUGAGCUUGAAUUCAAACUAAUACGAAGAUGAAACAACCAAAAUACGCUGUUGCCUGAAAACGUUUAGUGCGUUAGCUUUUUGAAACUAGCCACACGCCAACUCAGCGAUGUUGACGGCCUGGGAGACACAGACUGAAUGUAUAUUCUAGACGUUACGUAUUUGACUUGUCUACAAGGAGCAAUACUGUGUGCACUGCAGAAAAUCACUCCAACCAAUUAAACUGCAUUUUUGAUCA